UUAUUUACUUUUUGCCAUUUGGCCACAAGUACAGACAAGCGAUUGUUUUAAAAACAAAAGUGAAAACAAGCAACAAGCAUGGCUACCUCUUUGCAUGUUUACAAAUAUGAUGGAAUGAAAUCAUUUCAUUUAUCUAAAUGGAAAAUAAGAGUAGGACAUCAAUUGUAUUACAAUUCUACAAUAUUAAGUUACAAACAAAAUGAAGGCGUGAAAUCCGAUAUAACAGAACCACUUCUUAAGUACAAAUCCAAUAUUGGUGGAACUGUGACUGAACUUCUAGUUUCUGAAGGAGAUAUUGUGGAAUCAGGGAUGCCUCUUUUGAAAGUAAAGCCAUGUUCUCAUCCUGUAAUUAUGAAAGAUUUAUGUGCUGAAUGUGGAACUGACUUAAGGAAUCUUGAUCGAGACAACUUUGAGAAUGUAACUGCUGCUGCAACAUUUAGCAUGGUUCAUGUUGUACCUGAAUUAAAAGUUUCUUACGAGCAAGCAGAAAAACUUUCUCAAGAUGAUGAAGAUAGGUUGUUGAAAAAUGAAAAACUUGUACUCUUAGUAGAUCUUGAUCAGACAUUAAUUCACACAACUAAUGAUAAUAUUCCAGAAACAAUGGAGGUUGAUGCACACUUUCAACUUUAUGGCCAGCAUUCCCCAUGGUACCACACAAAAUUACGCCCUGGAACACAAAGCUUCCUUGAAAAGAUCUCAAGAUUUUAUGAACUUCACAUCUGUACUUUUGGUGCUAGGUUAUAUGCUCAUAGAAUUGCUCAAAUACUUGAUCCAAAAGGAAAAUAUUUCUCCCACCGUAUUCUUUCUAGAGAUGAGUGUUUUGAUCCUACAUCCAAAACAGCUAACUUAAAAGCAUUGUUUCCAAAAGGAGAUCACAUGGUUUGUAUCAUUGAUGAUAGAGAAGAUGUAUGGAAUUUUGCACCCAAUGUAAUUCGCGUUAAACCUUAUACUUUUUUCAGAAACACUGGUGAUAUCAAUGCUCCUCCAAUUCCUUUAGAUCCCAAAGAGGCUUCAAGUCCAAAUUUAAAUGAAACUAAUGCAGUUUUAGUAGAGAAAUCAGUAAAACCAGAUCCGACAGAGGCUUCAAGUGCAAAUUUAAAUGAAACUAAUGCAGUUUUAGUAGAGAAAUCAGUAAAGCCAGAUCCCACAGAGGCUUCAAGUACAAAUUUAAAUGAAACUAACGCAGUUUUAGUAGAGAAAUCAGUAAAGUCAGAAGAAGCAAAUGUCUCAUCGGAUAACAAACCUGUGACAUCAAAAGAAACAUCAGAAACUAAUGAUUCGGGCUUAAAAGAAACGAAUAAUUCAGAAAGCAUUUCAAACAAAAUUGAAAAUCCCGAAACGUCAUGUGAUAAAGAGAGUAGUGCUGAAACUCUUAAAGAAGUCAAAGAAGUAGUCUUGGCAGAAACACAAGAUUCUAAAGAAAACUCAUGUGCAGAAAAUAAAAAGGAUGAUAUUGCUCAAAAAGAAAAUAGUUCAAAUAUACAAAAGGAUAAUAAUGUGCCUAGUGCUACUAAUGUAAACAAUUGUGACUCUAAUUCAGAAAAGAAGACAGAUGGAGGUGAAGGAAAAGAGGAGACACCUUUGAACAUUGUUGAGACUGAUGAUUAUUUGUUGUAUUUGGAAGAAAUUCUGAUCUCUGUACAUAAAUCUUAUUACAAUCUUUAUAAGAAGCGAAAAGAAAUCAAAGACAACUCCAUUCCAGACUUAAAAAAAGUUGUCCCGGAUGUCCGCAAAAAAAUUCUCAGGAAAGUAAAUAUUGUGUUUAGUAGUAUUGUGCCCACAAACUGUGAUGCCGAACGUCAUCAUUUUUGGCUGUUGGCGGAAUCGUUAGGUGCCACUGUUUCCAGGAACUUAGUUCUAGACUCGUCACACAAACGAACUACUCAUCUCAUCGCCCUUAAAUCUAAUACAUCCAAAGUAAAUACUGCCAGACAACACAAAGACAUUUGGGUUUUGACUCUUGAUUGGCUUCUGUGCUGCGAAGAAAGAUGGGAGCGUGCUGACGAAAGACUUUUUAUUCUCCCGAAGGAUGCUACCGAAAGCGAAAACAGCGAAAUCCUGCUCCGCAAACAUAAUCGUCUGAAAAGACCUUUCAGUUCUGAAAAAAAGCAAGGAAAGUCUGAAGAAGAUAAAUUUUCUGAAAGAGUAUUUGCGGAAGCCGGUUUAGCAUUAUCGCAAGAUGAAAUUGACGACAUGGAUCGAGAGAUUGAGCAAGCUUGUAGUGAGGAAUCAGAAGACAGUCAGGACUCCAAAGCAUCUUCAGAAUCCUCCUCCUCCGUUGAAUCUCUUUCUUCUGGAGAUUACCCUAAGGGAUGGAAAAGGCGGCGUAAGUGUGACGCAAUAGACGAACAAAUUAUGCUUAAUGCUGUUAAUAGUGAAAGCAGUGAUGUAGAUACCAUAGGAUCUGUUGAUGAAGAAAUGGCGGAAGCUGUUAAGCGAGAAUUUCAAGAUUUCUAGUCAAAAGUGUUUAACUGCAUUUUUAAAUUGAUGAAUUGGAAUUUUGAACUUACUUAUGUUCGAUUUAUAUUAUAAAAAAUUUAUAACUUAAAUUUUACUGAAAAAAUUUUAAAUACUGUUUUUAGAAAUUCAAAUAUUUUCAACUUAGCUAAUGUUUGUAGAUAUUAUGGUUUAUUUAAGAAUUUAAAAAGCUUACAAGUUGAUAACUGGUUCAAGAAGAUUUAUUUACAAAUUUAAAGUUACUAAAAAGAACUUCGUUCUUAAAGUUUUAUAAUUUCAUUCAUUAAUAAAAAUUAUUAAAGGAGAGCUUCUAAUUUUAUAAAAUAUCUAUAUUAUUAAUGUUUUUGUCUGGUAUAAUGUGUUAGACAUUGUGGUUCCUGAUGGUAAUAUGAUAUUAAAAUUUUAUCAAAGAGUUUAAAAAGAUUUGCAAGUUAAUAACUAGCUAAUGAGAAUAGAUUUUUUUCAAAUUUAAAGUUAUUAAAAAUUAAUGCAUUCUUAUAAGUUAUAUAACUAUAUUCAAUUUUUAAAUUAAAAUUAUUAUAUGAGAGCUUCUAAUUUAAUAAAGAUAAUGAUAUAUUUAUGCUUUUCCCUCUAAAAUGAGUUAGAUUUAAAUAUAUACUUCAGUAUGAAUGUCCAUGAUGUAAAUGUUGAAACAAAUUUAUCAAUGCGAUUUUCUUACAAUGAUUAUUGCAUAUUCAAUACAGAUUUUUUUUCUUUCUGUAAACCUGAUAUUUCUAAAAUUAUACAUACCCAUAAUAAAAUUAAUUACAAAUGU